UAUGAAUAGUCGUGUUCCAGAAAUUCUUGAAUGGGAAGAAACAAAAGUAUUAAGUUGCUUCAAUUAUAGUUAGCUAUGAAUGCACAUAAUCAAAUGGAAUAAAUAAAAGAACCAGUCACAUUUAAAAAAAAAGGUUUAGUAUUAGAUUAAGAAGAUGAAAUCUAUGGAUAACUUACAAUUGAUAAUAAAAAAGAACAAGAAUUCAAAGUUGAAUUAUAAAAAAUGAUAGUAUAGAAUACUUAACCUUAAAAUCAUUAUCUAGUAAAGAAACAAGAUAAUUAAAAAGAUAGGAUAGAAUACUCAUAAUAAUAAAUUACUGAGUCAAUUAUUAAAACAAAUAUGUUGCCCCAAGAAAUAAAACAGAAUCAAUAAUAAUUUUAACACUUUGGAGAUAAAAAAAUAUUUUUAAUUAUCAAAGGGGAAGGCUUUGUUGAAUUUAGAAUACGUUCAAUAUGUUUUAAAUUGAAAUGUCCAACUUGCAAAGAGUGCCUUCCUUGCUCAGCUUUUAAAUAAUAAUAAUAAAAUAUCUAUAAAUUUCAAUCAGAUUGUAAAAAAUGCUCAUUAAGUAUGAGCAUAGCAUAUUAAAAGUAUAUCUAAUAAUAACAACCAGAAAAAUCUGAAAGUUUAACUUAAUGGAUCAUAGGAUCUAUUAAAAAUUAUGAAAAUAUCGAAUGGUAAUUAUGUGCAAUAGAAGCAUAAGCAACAUGUAAAUGUUUUUCAAUUAGUUCUGCAUUGCCUUUUAUAUAAUAUUCUUUAGAGAAAACUAAAUAAUUUGUUACAUAAAAUAAACGCUAAAAAUUUUAAAUAACAGAUUAGAAUAGAUAAUUCUGUCAUGGAUGUGCUCAAGAAUUAAAAUUCUAACCUGAAUUUUUAAUAAUUAAAGAUUGA